GCAGGCGCGGGCGGAGCAGGCGGGCGGGAGGGGGCGCGUGGCGCUGCUCGGGAGAGCGCUCCUCCGCCCAGCUCGGUCCCUGCGCCCCGCUCCACCCGUGCCUAGCUGCCCGCGCCGAGCCUCGGGCAUCCACAGCGCGACUGUCGCCCGUGCAGCCAGCGCCGCCCUUGGCUGCGCUGCGCACCCUGCCUCCUCCCUUUCCGCCGUCGGACACGCAGCCGCAGGCCGGGGCCGGGCCGCAGCUGGGGAGUCAGGGGCGCGCGCAGCCAACCCUCCCCCCUCCGGCUCCCGCACCGCCCGCCGCCUCCCCUCGCCCUCCUACUCUCCCCUCCCUGCUCCUUCGCCGCUUCCUCCUCCUCCUCCUCUCGGGGCCCCAGCUGCCAGCAUCAUGUCCGCGGGCGGAGACUUCGGGAAUCCGCUGAGGAAAUUCAAGCUGGUGUUCCUGGGGGAGCAGAGCGUCGGGAAGACGUCUCUGAUCACGAGGUUCAUGUACGACAGCUUUGACAACACAUACCAGGCAACCAUCGGGAUUGACUUCUUGUCAAAAACCAUGUACUUGGAAGACCGCACGGUUAGACUGCAGCUCUGGGACACAGCCGGGCAAGAGAGGUUCCGCAGCCUCAUCCCCAGCUACAUCCGGGACUCCACGGUGGCUGUGGUGGUGUAUGACAUCACUAACCUCAACUCCUUCCAGCAGACUUCAAAGUGGAUUGAUGAUGUCAGGACAGAGCGGGGCAGUGACGUGAUCAUCAUGCUUGUGGGCAACAAGACGGAUCUGGCUGACAAGAGGCAGAUAACCAUCGAGGAAGGGGAGCAGCGGGCCAAAGAACUGAGCGUUAUGUUCAUCGAGACCAGCGCGAAGACUGGCUACAACGUGAAGCAGCUCUUCCGACGUGUGGCAUCGGCUCUGCCCGGCAUGGAGAACGUCCAGGAGAAGAGCAAAGAAGGAAUGAUUGACAUCAAGCUGGACAAGCCCCAGGAGCCCCCGGCCAGCGAGGGUGGCUGCUCCUGCUAAUACAGCGCCCACGCGGCUUCCUCGACACUAGACACUACUCAGUUGUGGUACCUCCUAUUGGUCAGCUUCCUUAAGGGGUGGGAAAUGCCGUUAUCAAACAGGAGGAUCUUUCUUUUCUCUCUCUCUCUCUAGGAGUAGGGUGGGACACGGGGAGGGAGGCUGGGCAUCAGGGACCACGUCACUCUUAACAGCUGUUACCUAAACAACUAUUUUUUGGUUUGGUUGUAAUAUAUUGUACUUUAUUAAGAUUGCCAAAAACUGUUAAAAUUUAAAAAAAAAAAAUUAAAUCAUGUGUAUACAAGUUUUUGC